AUGGCCGGCACUCGCAACUAUGACUUUCUGAUCAAAUUGCUCCUUAUCGGCGACUCCGGCGUAGGAAAGUCAUGCUGCCUCUUGCGCUUCAGCGAGGACUCCUUCACACCCUCGUUCAUCACAACGAUCGGCAUCGACUUCAAGAUCAGAACGAUUGAAUUGGACGGAAAGCGGGUGAAGCUGCAGAUCUGGGAUACUGCUGGCCAGGAGCGUUUCCGGACGAUCACAACCGCCUACUACAGAGGAGCCAUGGGCAUCCUGUUGGUAUACGAUGUCACAGACGAGCGCAGCUUUAACAAUAUUCGAACCUGGUUCUCCAACGUCGAACAACACGCGACGGAAGGUGUCAACAAGAUUCUCAUAGGCAACAAGUGCGACUGGGAAGAGAAACGUGCCGUUUCCACCGAGCAAGGUCAGGCACUCGCCGACGAGCUUGGGAUUCCGUUUAUGGAGGUCUCUGCCAAGAGCAACAUCAACGUCGAAAAGGCUUUCUUUAGCCUCGCGGGCGAUAWCAAGAAGCGUAUUGUCGACACUCAACAGCCACAAGCCCAGAAUGCCGGAUCUGGAGUACAAGUUGGAACCGGUGCCGCUGCGGGCGGACUGGGAAAGAACUGCUGCUAA